CACAAGGAACUAAUUGCCGCUUCCCCUUCUCCUUCCCCCUCCCUUCCCAGUCUCUCCCAAGCCCUAGCUCACGGUGAACCAGCAAAACCUUCCGUCCAUCGCUCUUCGCAACAUUUCAUUGUCACAGCGGGACUGUAAAUCUGCACAACGCCCGUCCUCUCUGGGGACUUGGCGCCAUUUUUGCCGUUCACUGGUGUUUCAGAGUUUCGAUUUGGGUUUGGGCACUUUCAGGUCGUAGUCAUUAGUCAAAGUAACCGACCCUCCACAGCAAGGUAAUCCACUGGUCUUUGAGCUUUCUCUUGAAUCGAAUUAGUUUCCCAAUCUCUUUCUGUAUCUAUUUAGCUGGUCGAAAUGUGUAUUCAUCUGCAGGAUGAAGCGGGUGUGCGACUCCAGUGCUGAUAGAAUCACCGACCUUCCUGCCGAUGUGAUACACCGUAUUCUCGCGUUCUUACCCAUCAAAGAUGCAGCCAAAACUAGCAUCUUGUCAAGGAAAUGGAGACAUCAGUGGCUAAGUAUUCCUCAACUUGUAUUUGAUAAUGGUUUUGCCCAAUUGAAAUCUGACUUCGAAGCUAGGAGUAAGCUUAUAAUGCUGAGCGUCUACAGAACCCUGCUUGUUCAUGAUGGACCGAUCACCAAGUUUGAGCUUUCAGUCCCUGGGUUAGAGUUCUGCGAUGAGAUUGAACAUAUCGUCCGUUACCUUUCUAGUAAAGGUGUCCAAUACCUUGAACUUUCAUGUGCAAGUCCUAACCCUAGCACAGGUGGUUAUAAGAUACAUACUUCUUUGUUUUCUGCUCUUAACCUGAAAUCCCUGAGCCUGAAUUCUUGUGUAUUUACACUGCCAACUUGGUUCGUCGGCUUUAGUAAGCUUACUAAUCUUAAAUUAGUAAAUGCUGCUUUGCCGGAUGGUUUCUUCGUGGAUUUCCUUCCAAAGUGUCCGAUGCUUGAAUGUUUGGAGGUUAUAGAAUGUAGUGGACAUUCUGAUAAACUCGAGAUUGCGGCUCCAUUUCUCAAAUCCUUCAGCUUAGAGGCUUAUUUCAUGGAAAUCUGCUUCAAGCAUGCUCCACUUCUGUCAGUUGUCACACUUCAUUUGUCUGAAGCCGACACACCUGAUAUGGUACCUUUGUUUGCUUCUCUUCCGGCACUCCAGGAGUUCCAUGUUAACUAUGAUUUUCUGAGAUUCCUUGCUCAUGGGGAUGGUGAAACAACUGAUAGUUCCUUGCUCAAGCAUAUCCCUGCCAGGCUUCCUACCACUCUUCACCAGUUAACAGUCCUACACAUGACUGAUCUUGUCUUUGAUAAUUCAGAGAUGGAGCGCGUGUUUGUAUGUUUGAUCAUGAGUUCCCCCAACCUGCGUAGCCUCACAGUUCAGCUGUACAGAUUCAGUAUCGAAGAAUAUUAUCAGCCGGCAAAUGAUGAAGUUAGCAGCAUACGGAGGUUGUUGGAAGCAGAGGACUGCCUUGCUUGCCUUCAACAUCUUAGGGAGUUCACGAUUCUGCAGAGCCUUGGUGCUCAGGUUGAAAUGGACCUGGUGAGGUUCGUAUUAGCCACUGCCCCACUAGUUCGGUUCAUUCACAUUAUGCCUAUACACAAUUUCGAUCCCAAGAGAGAAAAGGAUCUCAUGAGGGAGCUGAUGCGAUAUAAGCGUGUUUCUAAAGAAGCAGAGAUUAUAUAUAAUCGGGUCGACAAGUAUUGACAAUGAUGGUGGAGAGAUAUGAGCAUUUCUGGUUUUAGCAUAGCUUGCAUCUUCUAGGCUCAUUUUCUUCUCUUGCGCAGAUGUUUCCUCAUUUCAUGUGGCCGAUAAACAACUGGAACUCAG